UAACCUAUUUUAUGAUAUUUCACCACUCGAAGGUUUAUCUAUCUCCAAAUUAAGAUAUGAAGAAUUAGAAUUAGAUAUUGAUAAUAUUAUUGAUAUUAAAGAAUUGUAUAUUACCGAAUAA